AUGCAGCCCCGGACGUGGAUGCAGCCCCUAGCCCAGGCCCUGCCGUUCUCCUUCCGAAGGGCCCUGCGAGACCCUGGGCCCUGGGUGCCUGUCACGAAGAUGGGCACAGGAUGGGAGGGCCUGCAGCAGACUCUGAAGGAAGUGGCCUACAUCCUCCUGUGCUGCUGGUGCAUCAAGGAGCUGCUGGAUUAA